AUGUUAAUUUUAAUUUUUUUCUUUAUUGGUUUUAUUCCAUCAUAUUCAAUCUGUUCACAAUACUAUUCAUAUGGAUAUAGAAAUUCAUUUAAAACUGUACCAGUUGAUUUAGCAAAUAUAAACAUCAUUCUAUCAGCACCUCAUGCUGGUAGCGACAUGCCAAAUGAUAUACCCGAUCGUACUAUUGGUGGUUGUCAACGAAAUGAUUCGAAAGUAUGUACAUUUAAUUAUAAUGAUUCAUGUUCGAAUGGAACUCGAUGCAAAGUUACAACAGUACAAGAUUUCGCAAGUUUUGAUCCAUUUACAGAACGAAUAGCAGAGGAAUUAUACAAAACAUAUAAUAUCUCACCUUUUGUUGUUAUUGCUAAAUGGAAUCGAAAAACAAUUGAUUUCAAUCGUGGAUUAGAAGAAGCGACAUUUAAUCAUCCGAAAGUAAUAAAAGCAUAUAAUGGCUAUCAUAAUUAUAUACAAAAAGCAAUUAAAAAAAUUCAAAAGAAAUUUAAUGGUAAAGGUCUAUUACUAGAUCUUCAUCAACAUGGCCAAGGAAAUUAUACAAUGGUAGGAAUUGGUUUAUCUGCUCCUCAACUUAAUAAUAAUAAUUUAUCUUCUACUACGAUUGAAUUUCUUAUCGAAUGUUCUUGUCCUGAGGAUCGAAAUGAAUGUAUUCGAGGUUCAAAAUCUCUUGGUACUUUUCUUGAAUUACACGGUCUAGGUAUUUCAUAUCCUUCAUUAAACAAUCCAAAACCAAACAAUAAUACAUUUUAUAAAGGUGGUUAUAUAACAAAUCAGUAUUCAUCAAAAAUUAACGUUAUUCAAACAGAAUUAUCUUAUGUCGUACGAAAUGAGUUCGAUUCAAAUAUUUAUGUUCAAAAAUAUGUUCAAGCUUUAUUAAGUUUUAUGAAAGUAAAUGAACUAUUAGGCAAAAAAUAA